AAAAUAUAGACUAUAAGAUCUCAAUAGAGAAGAAGUAGAAUCUAAUCUAGAAUCUAGAUAUAGACUAGGUCGUAGGUCUAGAACUAGCUAACUCUUAAAGAUCUAGACUGAUAUUGAUAAGAUCUAUUUACUCUAUAGAUCUAGAAUACCCAGGCCUAGAGCAGCUAUGGAUGUUAAUGAUGAAAAUGCUCCUCCAGAAGUGCAAGUCAAGCACCAUUCUUCUAGUUCUAGUAACGCAAAUCGAUCGUCACCAUUGAAGCUGCUAAAUGAUGCUAAAAGAUUGUCAAGUCAGCAAAAACAGAAAUUUUCCCCUGAGAAAGUAACUCCAGUUUCUUCACCCUAUAUGUUUAUCCGCGAACUUGAUUCAGCAGAAAGGUGGAUUGAACGAACAAGUGUCGUGACAAAAAAAGACCAUGUUGACAAUCUUGAAAAUGCCAAAAUUAUUUUACAAGAGCUUGUUGGAAAGCUUCCUGUAGAAUCUUUUGAAAAUGACUGGAUCCAUGAAGCUGUAUCUGAUAAUGUCACAAAAGCUGAACAAAGAAAUAAUUUGCCAGUUAAGCCAAAGACUUCAUCUGAAAUAGAUGAGUUAGCUUGCUUGUUGAAUGGACUAGAAAUAUCUCCCGAUUUGUCUUUGGUUUCUGAAUCACUCAGUGCUACCAUGCUGGAUCAUUUCCUUGUGGGCAGUGAAACUGAAGAGUUGAAGAGUGUGGUUCAAACCACUAUUGAUAAAGAAAAAUAUACAAAUCUACAUGCUCAGGUUGCUGAAUCACAUGAUUUGGCUAAAACCUCUUUUGAAAAGGACAAGGAUGGUGAUGAGUUGUUUAAACUUCCUACACACACUACUGAUUCACCAGUAUUGGAGGAAUGGACAGCACUAGAAGAAAAGUUUGAUCCUUUAAAACCAUAUAAUGAGAUUGCCAAUUCACCUGUUGUACCUAAACCUGCAAUUAAAGAAGAUUUAGUUGAUACUUUAAAACUAUGUGUUCAAAAGUGUGGAAUUGAAGAAAACAUUGAUAAUCCUUUUGAAACUCAAAUGCAGAUUGUCAAUUCACCAGUUUUAUCUAAACCUACUAUUGAAGAUGACAUAGUUGACCCUUUUAAACCUCGUACGCAGGUGGCUAAUUCACCCAUUUUGACACAGCCUAUUGAAGUAGACAAAGAUGAUCUUUUUAGACCUAGUGAACAGAUUACUAAUUCACCUGUUGUAUCUAAACCAAAAAAUGAAGUUGACACAAUUGAUCCUUUUAAACUUAGUAUGCAGAUGGCUAAUUCACCUAUUUUGUCACGAGCUAUUGAAGAAGUGAAAGAUAAUUUUAAACCCUUUGAACAGAUUGUCUAUUCACCUAAACCUACCAUUGAAGAGGACACAAUUGAUCCUUUUAAACCUCAUAUGCAGAUGGUUAAUUCACCUGUUUUGGGACAACCUUUGGAGGCAGGCAAAAGGGAUCAUUUGAAACCUCAAGAACCUGUUACCAAUUCACCUGUUAUUGAUGAUACAAUUGAACCUUUUAAACCUCAUAUGCAGAUGGCUAAUUCACCUGUUUUGGGACAACCUUUGGAGGCAGGCAAAAGGGAUCAUUUGAAACCUCAAGAACCUGUUACCAAUUCACCUGUUAUUCCUAAACCUUCCAUUGAUGAUACAAUUGAUCCUUUUAAACCUCAGAUGCAGAUGGCUAAUUCACCUAUUGGGGCAGGCAAAAGGGAUCUUUUGAAAUCAUGUGAACCUAUUGCACAUUCACCUGUUGUUCCCAAACCUACCAUUGAAGAGGACACAAUUGAUCCUUUUAAACCUCAUAUGCAGAUGGUUAAUUCACCUGUUUUUGGACAACCUUUGGAGGCAGGCAAAAGGGAUCAUUUGAAACCUCAAGAACCUGUUACCAAUUCACCUGUUAUUCCUAAACCUUCCAUUGAUGAUACAAUUGAUCCUUUUAAACCUCAGAUGCAGAUGGCUAAUUCACCUAUUGGGGCAGGCAAAAGGGAUCUUUUGAAAUCAUGUGAACCUAUUGCACAUUCACCUGUUGUUCCCAAACCUACCAUUGAAGAGGACACAAUUGAUCCUUUUAAACCUCAUAUGCAGAUGGUUAAUUCACCUGUUUUUGGACAACCUUUGGAGGCAGGCAAAAGGGAUCAUUUGAAACCUCAAGAACCUGUUACCAAUUCACCUGUUAUUCCUAAACCUUCCAUUGAUGAUACAAUUGAUCCUUUUAAACCUCAGAUGCAGAUGGCUAAUUCACCUAUUGGGGCAGGCAAAAGGGAUCUUUUGAAAUCGUGUGAACCUAUUGCACAUUCACCUGUUGUUCCCAAACCUACCAUUGAAGAGGACACAAUUGAUCCUUUUAAACCUCAUAUGCAGAUGGUUAAUUCACCUGUUUUGGGACAACCUUUAGAAGCAGGCAAAAGGGAUCUUUUGAAACCUCAAGAACCUGUUACCAAUUCACCUGUUAUUCCUAAACCUACCAUUGAUGAUACAAUUGAUCCUUUUAAACCUCAGAUGCAGAUGGCUAAUUCACCUAUUGAAGCAGGCAAAAGGGAUCUUUUGAAAUCAUGUGAACCUACCAUUGAAGACAACACAAUUGAUCCUUUUAAACCUCAUAUGCAGAUGGUUAAUUCACCUGUUUUGGGACAACCUUUAGAAGCAGGCAAAAGGGAUCUUUUGAAACCUCAAGAACCUGUUACCAAUUCACCUGUUAUUCCUAAACCUACCAUUGAUGACACAAUUGAUCCUUUUAAACCUCAGAUGCAGAUGGCUAAUUCACCUAUUGAGGUAGGCAAAAGGGAUCUUUUGAAAUCAUGUGAACCUAUUGCAUAUUCACCUGUUGUUCCCAAACCUACCACUGAAGAGGACACAAUUGAUCCUUUUAAACCUCGUAUGCAGAUGGUUAAUUCACCUGUUUUGGGACAACCUUUUGAAGCAGGCAAAAUGGGUCUUUUGAAAUCAUGUGAAUCUAUUGUCAAUUCCCCUGUUGGUCCAAAGUCUACCAUUGAAGAUGCCACUAUUGAUCCUUUUAAACCUCGAAUUCAGAUGGCUAAUUCACCUGUUUUGGCUCAACCUACAGAAGACAAAGGGUAUCUUUCGAAACCUCAAGAACCUAUUACCAAUUCAUCUCUUGUUCCUAAGCCUAUUCUUGAAGAUGAUACUAUUGAUCCUUUUAAACCUUGUAAGCAGAUGGCUAAUUCCCCUGAAAUAGAUAAACCAGCUCUAGUAGAAAAUGAUCCCUUUAAACCACAUAUUCAGAUGACUAAUUCUCUUAUUAGUAAACUUAAAACUGAGGACAGCAGAAAUGAAUUAGUACUAAAUCACUCCCAACCCAGUUUUCAGUCAAAUUCUCCAAUUAAUACCAAUUCUUUAACUGUUCAGUCCAAAGAAAAAAAUGACCAUGACCUUUUGAGCUCUUCUGUUAGAAUGGGCAGUGGUGACAUUGUUGACAAUUUGCCUGUCAAAGGUCAGUCUGAUAGUGUGUCAACUAGUGAACUGUGUCUAGCAGACCAGACUUGUAAAUCCACUUCUGAGUGUGUUGUCCAAACAAACAUGGGUUGUUGUGAUACAACAUUGAGGAAGCACAGUUCUGAUGACAAAAUCUCCACUGGCAGUCAGUUUUGUAAUACUACUGAUACACAGAAACUGGAGUGUGUAGCCACUGACUCUUUGAGCCAGUGUACACUGGAUGGAAGUUUUUAUAGUGCACUUGCUAAGGAUCACACUGCUGAUGCACAUACAAAGGGCUCUCUCUAUGACAGUGUUUGCCUUGAAGGAAAACAACUUAAUGGCUGUUUUAACAAUCAACACUUUGAUGAUGGGAAGAUAAACUCAUUGAAUACAAUUGAACAUGUUAAGGAUAGUUUGCAAUCACCCUUCAGUGUACAUAAUGAGGAUCCAUUAAUAAAAAAAUUGCAAAUAACUGAUUCUCCUUUGACGAUAAAAGAUACGACCACUCAGAAUGUUUCUUUGACAUCAGAGUUCACAGGUAGCCAAAAUGAUUCUGUGUGUCAUUCUGGUACAGUUGAAAAAAUCAAUCAGGUAUCCCCUUCUGUUAUUGAAUCUUAUGUGAAAUCAAAGAAUGGUACAGACAACUCUAAGUUGGACUGUGCUGCUCUUGUGUCUUCAUAUGAUUUAUGUGCCAAACCAAAAGACAUUUCAACAGACUUUCUUAUAAGUUCUACUGUAUCCACCAAGCAAGACAAUUCAAUUGUCUCAUGCAACACUGUCGUAGCCUCAGACAAAAUAGUUGCACUGUCUCCUCAAAAAGAUGAACUUAAAGCUAACAAAAAUACUUUCAUCCAUCCAGCUGUAAGCGAAGAUUUUGGAGAACAUGAACAGUUUGUUCCUGCAACAGAUGCUUUGUUUGAUCCAAAGUUUUUUGAUAUGCUUGAACAGGCAUCUAAUUCCAAGGAAGGCAUUUCAAGAAGAGGUUCUGUUCUAAUGAAGUUUGACCCUUUGAUGAAAAGUGAUCCAGUACAAGACAAGAUUGACAUUGUUCAAAAUAAUGUACAGAAACCUGGACAUACUUCAGACAUAUUUAGCACAUCCAAAAAUCUUGGCGUGAGUUUUAUGGAUGAAAGCGCAUGCCUAUUUGGAACCCCUCCCCGUGUGGCUCGCAGACGUACACUGACUCGUAACAUACACAACAACAGGGUGCAACCAAUCUUUGAAGAGGCUGCUCCAAAUCAAAUUGACAUGAUUCUGGCUCUGGAUAAUGAGCUAGAUGACCUUGACACAGUAAUGCAUGAUAACUUGCUUACUACUAAAACAGAAGGAGCUAAACUUGUUGACAUUGGAGAGAUUCCAAAGUAUACAGAAAGUGAAAUGCAACAAAUUCGAGCUCAAUUAGCUUUGCAUUUUCAAGAUCUCAUGUUAAAGAAGGACAAGGAGUUUCAGGAGAAAUUAAAACAGCAAGAGGAUCUUCUGAAUGAAGAGAAAAAUAAAGCCAAAGUGGCAUAUGAUGCUUUAAAAAAGAAAAACAAAGUUUUACAGGGAAAGCUGCGAAGUUUCGAUGAGUUAAUGAAAGAAUACACUGACAUCAUUACACAGAUCACAACUGAAAAAGAAAAGAUUGUGUCUGAACAAGAGAAACAAGCCAUUGAACUGGUAGAGCUUCAGAAAUCUAAUGGUCAGAUUCUGGAAGAUAACAAAGCCUUGGAGAAGUCUUUUGCUGACUUGUAUCAUCGCUAUGAAAAGUUGAAAGAGACUCUAGACAAGGCUGCAGAGAAUGAAAAGAUUCUCAAGAAAGCUGCUGAGACAGCACAAGAAAAGUACAAGUCAGUCAAGGAAACCAAUAAGAAACUGAAAACAAUGGCGGAAGAAAAAAUAGCAGAAGCUGAAGACAAAUUUGAAAAACUGUCAAGUUCUUCCAAAGCAGAAAUAACAAGGCUAGAGGCGUCUUUAAAAAAGAAUAGUGCACAAAUUCAAACUCUAGAAUCUAUCCUGGAGAGAAAGACUCAAGAAAAUAAAGAGCUGACAGAACUUUGUGAUUCUUUGAUCAGUAAAGUCUCCCAGUAGUCCUUGACUGGUGCUUACUUUGUCACUUCUGUUGAAGCACUAGAAUGUACAUUGAACCUGUUAAAACACACUUAUAUUUAUAAACACAUUUAUAUUUCCAAGACUUUCUUUCAAUAUUUACUUUUCUAUUCUAUCAUCUGCCUUAUUCUAUCUCAGAGUCCAUCUGCUCACUGACUCUUGUCACUUCCUUGUUGUUACUCAAGUAAUUUGUUUGUGUAAAUUUUAUCUUCAUACUUUAUUAAAGACAGGAUCAAAACACUGAA